CACUCAGUUCAGUAGGCAUAGAACAGUCACACGAAAUGAAGACAUCUCCGGCUUGGGUUGUCAUCGCCAUCUGCCUGAUCCUCCAGCAGAGGAUGGUGGACGCACAGUUCCUGAACCCGCUGUGCGGGGUUACCUAUGAAUUCCCAACGUCCGUGAGGAUCGUCAACGGAAAGGAAGCUGUGAUUAGAUCCGCACCGUUCAUGGUCUAUGUGACCAACAAUUCUAUAGUGCAUUGUGGAGGAUCGAUCCUAAACUCAAGAUACAUACUUACUGCCGCCCAUUGCGUUUUUCCCAAUCUGAGAUUGCGACUGGGGGAACACAAUAUAAGAACGGAUCCCGACUGUCAGGGAUCGAAUUGCUCUCCCCGUUCGGAGGAGUAUGGCAUCAUGAAGGCAAUAACCCAUCGAUAUUAUAACCCUGUCACCCAAGUCAACGACAUAGCUCUCCUGAAAGUGGACAGGAGUAUUAAUUUCAAUGUUCAUAUCCAGCCCAUUUGCAUACUCCUAAAUCCCGCUAGUGCGCCCAGUGUGGCUACAUACCAGGCCUUCGGCUGGGGACAUACCAAAAAAAAUGGGUUUCCCCAUUUGUUGCAGACCACGGAACUUAGGGCAUACGAAGCCGCUUACUGCAGCCGGAGUAUACGUGAUGCGUAUAUGACCGGAAACCAGAUUUGCGCCGGCCAUGAGGAACGGGAUACCUGUGCCGGCGACUCCGGCGGACCUCUGGUGACCAGGGUCGAUUUCGACGGAGUCAAACGCUACCUGCAGCUGGGCAUCGUGAGCUAUGGCCCAACGGAUUGCCAAAGCCCCGGAGUCUAUACAUAUGUGCCAAAUUACAUUAAUUGGAUUCGGAGGGCAAUGCUGAUUAAUUGAAAUUAAUGACAUUUUAAUGAAUAAAAAACGUAUUUAUUCGA